AUGCGUUGUGAGCGGAAAAAAGAGUACAUAUUUCCACAAGAGUCAAACAAUAAUCUAUCCAUGAAAAGCCUUUAUGUUGGCUCUUUCGCAAGAAUGAAAUUGGUGGUGAAAGUCCUCUAUUCCACUUCUCUACGACCUAACAAGGGUGCUGGAAUUUUGUCUGGUAAGUCCAUUCUAUCGAAGAAGCCCGUGAAGAAUGUUCAUCCUGCCGGACCAGUGAGGACAAGGUUUGCACCAUCACCAACUGGUAUGCUGCAUAUUGGCUCAUUGAGAACCGCAUUAUACAAUUAUUUGCUGGCCAAAAAUGCAGGUGGGCAGUUUCUUCUUAGAUUGGAAGAUACUGAUCAAAAGAGAUUGGUCGAGGGAGCUGAACACAAUAUAUAUGAAUCUCUACAAUGGUGUGGGAUAGAGUACGAUGAAGGGCCAGGGGUCAGCAGUGGUAAAUAUGGACCUUACAGGCAAAGUGAUAGAACCGACAUCUAUAGAAGGUAUAUUGACGGGUUACUUGAGUCAGGACACGCGUAUAGAUGUUUUUGUUCGAAAAAAAGGUUGGAUGAUCUUAGAGAUUCUGCAAGGCUUCUGCAACCUCCGACAACAGUUAGCUAUGACAGACAUUGUGCACACCUAUCUGAGGAGGAAAUUGCUAGAAAUUUGAAGGAAAAGUCACCUUUUACUGUAAGAAUGAAAGCACCGGAUCACUAUCCCUUUUUUGAAGAUUUAUUGCACGGUGAAAUAAAUAUUCAACCUCAGGUUAACAAAAACGACAUCAGAUACGAUGACCCCAUACUUGUCAAGUCAGAUAAUCUGCCUACUUAUCAUUUUGCCAACGUGAUUGAUGAUCAUUUAAUGAAGAUCACACACGUUAUUAGAGGAGAGGAAUGGUUGCCAUCAACCCAAAAACAUAUAGCACUUUACAAUGCAUUAGGAUGGACACCACCAAAAUUUAUCCAUAUUCCUUUGCUAACAUCAACAGAUGAAAAAAAGUUGAGUAAAAGAAAAGGUGACUCCUCCGUUUUAAGCAUGAAGAAGAAAGGUGUGCUCCCAGAGGCGUUAGUGAACUUCUGUGUUCUUUUUGGCUGGUCUCCUCCAAGGGUAUUAGCCUCGGCGAAUCACGAAUGCUUCUCAUUAGCCGAUUUCGAAAAAAUGUUCAAUCUCAACUAUCUGACGAAGGGUAACGCUAAAGUAGACGACAAGAAACUAUGGUUUUUUAACAAACAUUACUUGCAACAGAAAUUGAAAAAUCCGAGUACGCUUGAUAAAAUCACGGAGCAGGUUUAUUUUCACGCAAAGGAAGAAUUCACAGGGGAAGAAGUGACGCACCAUAAAAUCAAACAGAUUUUGGUAAAUUGUGGGCAGGCAUUGACAACUAUCAACGAUUUCAAUGGCACUUUUUACUUUUUCUUCCGAAAGCCUAACUAUCUGGAAAAUCCAAUCUGCGAAAACUUCAUUAAAACGCAUGAAAAGCGUGAAAUAAUAUCAAUUUUGGAAGCCUUACGUGGGAACAUUGAUACUUCAAAUAUUGAUGAAUUGAUCAAGCAAAUAGCUAAGGAGAAGGGCUUUGUUAAAAAGACAAUAUUCGAGUCUUUGAGAUUUGCACUAGCAGGAUCCCAUUCAGGUGCAAAGAUGGCCACCCUCAUCAACAUAAUUGGUCCAGAUGAGGCCAAUACAAGAUUAUCAGAUGCUGUGCGAUACUUGGAACAGAUAAAAGAGCUUUAG